GUGUGAUUCUCCAUAUCAACUUAUUUUGUCAGCAUUUGCAUUCAUGAAGGAUUCAAACCAGCAGGUUUCGUUCAUGAUUUGGACGGGGUGUUAUCUGUGAGGCUUUGUGUGCCUUAGCAGUGGGACUGGAGAAAGAAGUGUGAAAGGGAGGCAUAUGAGUUAGUACCAUGCCCUGUUACUUUCUAGAGAUAGCCCUCCUCAUGUUCCUGUAAAAGAACUCUCCACAAAGUUGGUCAUUAGCAUCAUUGGCAAUAUGAGUUCUACAAUUCGUAAUUUCUUUCCAGAUCUUCAGGUUUUCCCAGCCUUGGGCAAUCAUGACUACUGGCCACAGGAUCAGCUUCCUGUAACUACCAGUGAAGUUUACAAUGCUGUAGCAGAUUUCUGGAAACCUUGGCUAACUGAUGAAGCAAUCAAUACCUUCAGAAAAGGUGGCUUCUACACACAGCUGUUUGAAUCCAGUGAUAGCUCUCAACCACUCAGGAUAAUCAGUCUGAACACAAAUUUAUAUUACAGUCCCAACAGUGUAACUGUGAAUAUCACUGACCCAGCCAACCAGUUUGCCUGGCUGGAGGGAAUAUUAGAAACCUCUUCACAAAAGAAGGAAAAGGUAUAUAUAAUAGGACACGUACCAAUAGGAUACUUGCCAUAUGCAAGGAAUACUACAGCUAUCAGGGAGUAUUACAAUGAGAGACUGGUAAAGAUUUUUCGCAAACACAGUAGUGUUAUUGCGGGGCAGUUUUUUGGACACACACAUAGAGAUAGUAUCAUGGUCCUCCUGGAUGAAGAAGAAAAGCCAGUAAAUUCCUUGUUUGUGGCACCUGCUGUAACCCCAGUGAAGAAUGUAUGGCAAAUGGAGUCCAAUAACCCUGGCGUCAGAUUGUAUCAAUAUGAUCUUCUUGAUUAUAGCUUGCUGGAUCUUUGGCAGUUUUACUUGGACCUCAGAGACGCCAACAAGAAAAAUGAAUCAAACUGGAAAUUAGAAUACAUCCUGACUAAAGCUUACAGCAUUGAAGACUUGAAGCCAGAAAGCCUAUAUGAAAUGGCCAAGCAGUUGUCUGUGCCACACAGCACACUGUUUGAGCAGUAUUACAGUAACUUCAUUGUGAGUUAUGACAAAACCAUUGUCUGUGAAGAGGGGUGCAAGACCUGCCAAAUAUGUGCAAUCCAAUAUUUGGAUUACUCCUCAUACACAGAUUGUAUCAAUCGGGAAGCAACGUGGAGAUGAAGUCUCCAUGCAAUUUAUGCUGAUACUGACUUUAGCCUGUGAUUUAAAGAACCUGCUCAUCCUUUCGCUCAAGCACUGACAUGCUGACAAGGAGCCUGUGGGACUUCUCUGAAUUUCAGGGGAGCAAUAAAUCUCCCUAGAUCCUUCUUCUUGUAAACGUGUUUUCCUUCCACAUCUAAAUAAAAGUUUAUUGGCUAUGUAACAGUGGCCAGAUUGC